CCUAUUGGUCAUACAUAGUUAACACAGAAUACUACAACCAAGGCUGGCGCAUGCGCAGCCACGCAGCAAACACAACAACACACGUGGGUAGCUAGCAAACUUGCUAUCAGCUUGAGGCUGGAGUAACCCAUGCGAUCAUGAUACAAUAAAACAUUUUCUAGAUUUACAAUGUCUUUCAAGAAAAAGGACAAAACCGUCCCCUUCAAAACUUCAAACCAGGGCGCAGCAAUGAAACCAAAACAGAAGUCGAAAAAGUUCCCGGGUGGAGUCCCGGAUGAUUCGAGCGAGGAGGAUGACGAGGAGAUGGAGAGGAACUUUGCUCUGCUCAGUCAAAAGCACGCGCAGUGGAACUCCAAGGAGAAACAAGAACACGGCGAUGAUGAUGAUGAUGGCGAGGAAGAUGUAGAAGAUGAAGAGGAAGCGGAGGAGGAGGAGGAUGAGGAUGACAGCGAAGAGGGUGAAGAGGAUGCUGAAGUAGAGAUGGAGCAGGAGGAAGAAGAGGGGGAUGAUAGUGAUGCAGUUGAAGGAGAAGAUGGACAGACAGGAGAGGCAGAUGCAGGUGACGAUGAUGACGAGGAGGAAGAGGAGGGGGAGGAAGACGAUGACAGCUCGGAUGAGGAACCGGAGGAACAGCCCACGGAGAUGUCAAAACGCCAGGGACAGUCUGAAGAUGAUGUCAAAAGAGAGCUGUCCACCAUGUCCUUUGAGGAGCUGAUGCAGCUCCAAAACCGCGUGGGCACCAAGGCCUACAACAAGGUGGCGUACGGCACGGACGCGGCCCAGAACAGGAAACGACCCGACCAGAUGAAACGCCUCAGCAGACACAAGCCACAGGAGAUUUCAUCUAAGCAGCGCGUGCCUUUCCUCCGAAAAGUUGUACCUGUCAAGAAACAGAUACUGCGUGAUCCCCGGUUUGACGAUCUCUCCGGUGAAUACAAGCCAGAGAUCUUCUCUGAGACCUACAAGUUCAUCAAUGACAUCCAGGACCGGGAGAAGAAGCUGGUGAAGAAGAACUUGAACAAGGUGAAAUCAGAAACCAGGAAGGAAGAACUGAAAUUCCUGCUUAAGAGAAUGGAGAACCAGGAGCGCGAGCGCAAGCGUAAGGAGCAGCAGCGGGAGAAGGAGGUGCUGUUCAAGAAGAAGCAGAGGGAGCUGGUGGGCCAGGGCAGCCGGCCCUUCUUCCUCAAGAAAUCCGACAAGAAGAAGUUGGAGCUGGCAGAGAAGUUCCGGGACCUGAAGAAGAGCGGCAAGCUGGACCACUUCAUGACCAAGAAGAGGAAGCGCAAUGCCACCAAGGACCGCAGGAGGCUGCCCAAGAAGCAGCACUAACCAAUCACAGAGCACGGCUGAGACACUCAGGACUCUGAUUGGACAGUUGUGGUGGUGUCUCUUAACUUCUUUUGAAUGGCCAAGAAGAGGAGAUGUGACUCUGCCAAGGACCGCACCAUCAGCUCAAGAGCCGCUAGUCCACUGGCCAAUCAGAGCGAGAAGGUGGGACUUAGUCACUGAUGUUCUGGACUCUGAUUGGGACAUUGUGGAGACAUUUGAUUUCUCCUGAAUGGACAGACUUGAGAAACAUUUGUGAUGUUUUCUUCGGAUGUACUGCGCAUAAGAUUGAUGAGGUCUGUGAACUGCUUUGAUCAGAAUCAUGUGCACAGAUGUUAUGCUGCUCAUCAGACACAUUUUGGUUGUUGUUUUUUUUUACAUUGUUUGUACAUGUACAGUGAAUCCAUACAAUUAGCUGCCAAUGCAAACAGUGUUUUUAAACAUGGAAAUUCUGUUCUUUUAAAUAAAAAGGAUAUCUCGUAUA